ACCUGCCUCAAGGUCAUCAGUCUUCCUGCUUCGAAUCUGUCAACGCUUGGGAACCCGUGAUAUUCCAAGCUUCGGGACUAGGAGCCUGACUCCUGAGGAACGGUUCCGUUUCACAAUGAGCAGAACAACGUCUCCUUUGGUAGCUUGGAUCUUGUUCCGCGUUGUUCUACCCAUUAUGCUCGCUCUAGCGGCCCUGUUCCGGUACAACGUGUUCUCCACUGCGUAUCUAGCACUACUCUUCUUCAACCCGGUUCUAUUCGGGCCUAGUGCUAGCAAAAAACGUUUACGAGGUCCUGUCUUCUACCUUUCCGUCGUAAUCCUGGUGUCCGGAGCAGCGUGUCUACAGCACUCGGUCUACCAGAUUGUUCUUGCCUCCAAGAAGGACACAGGAAAAGGGGAGCUUUGUUCCGAUACGGAACAGUCUCUCUCUCUCUGGGGCUUGCGACGCGCAGCUGGACUCUCCGUGCUUCAGGGUAUUUACGUGUACGGACUGGACGCUGCUGUGCUUCUUGUUGCGGUGCUCGUCCUGUGGUUCAGAAAGGAAUCAGGAACUCAGCAAGCCGUCGUCCCCCAUGAGAACGUUGCAGCCAAGGUCGUACGCCGGCGUUAUCAUCCCAUGAUAUUGCUACUCGCCAAAGCCCUGGUGAUGUGUACGAUGGCCACAGUGGGGAUCCUUCACGCUUCCCUGGCAUCGUCCGUUUACUUCUUUUCCUUCCUGUGGGUCGCAACGCGGGUCGCCUGGAAGUGCGACCGUCAGCGAGUGUUCAGGUUCGGUCGCCUGCUCCUCAUGAGCUACACUUUCGUCCACGCCCUUUGUCUCUACGCCUACCAGUUUGAUAGAUCACAGAGGCUCAUACCACCCGAAGCACUCGCUGCCCGACUGCUAGGGUUGACGGCAUUUCGGAAAGCCCUGUGCACUUCCGCGAACAUGGCAAGAAGGCUCGACACUUCCCACUAUAAAUUGGAGUUCGUCGAUCAGCAUUGGACGGUGUACGCUCAGCCGGUUGCAAUGUUUGUGUUCUUCUACGGAGCGGCCGUGCUGACUCGUCUUCAGAUCGUUCGCCCAGAUCGACGGGGUUCUGACGCUAGCAUCAGGGCAGCCACCGUGGAACGUUAUCGUGCAUCUCCCGAGCUUAGCGGCACACCAAAAGGCCAGAGCAGUCCGCGUCGUGGCGCAUCUGCAGUUUCUUUCGGGAGCAGCAAGAACGCUACACCAAAUACCGCUUCCCCAGCAAAAGAAGACAAGGCGUCCGUUCACCCAAGUGCGGCUAGGGAAGACGUGACUAGGAAGCAGUCACCUCAAGCGAUGACCGAAGAACGUGUCGGAACGGAUCGUCGUGGCUCGGCCUCCAGCAUUUCGUUGACGUCACACCGCAGGAGGAAUUCCAUAUUCAUGCACCAAGCGCUGGAUGUGAUAGUGCAGGCCUGUUCGAUGCUGAGCACAGUUACACACGUUCCGACGCUGGUAACAAUGAUGGCGUGGAGCAUAACGUACCACUCUUGGCUGACCUUCGUGCUGCUGCUGUGGUCUUGUCUACUGUGGAUGCUGCCCAGAACCAAAGCCGCAUGCCUGAAAUCAUCUCCUGCUUUAGUGUUAUAUGCGGAGAUGCUGCUCAUUCUGCACUUCAUCUACAAUCUUAACCUCACUGACGAUGAAAUGCCCCUGAAGGUGAAGUCAAUUGACCUGCAGCAGAUCGGUCUCGUGAAAUACAGGGGGCUGUCCUAUCAACAGCUGGCAUUGAAGAUCCUGUUCACUGUGGUUUUCUGGUUGACGCUGCGUCGUUACAUGGACGAAAGAGAGACGGAGGCGCAGCUACAGCAGGAGGCAUCCGAACGCGGGCAGCAUGCCGCCGUUCGUUAUGAGCCCUCCGUCCCAGGUCGGGUGCCGAGCAGGGAAAGCAUGAAGAGGAAAAUCGCCCAGGAACGGGUGCUCUUCUUCGUCGAUCCAGUGCGCCGGUUCUUGACACGGUACUCCGUCUGGCUAGUGGAGCUCCUGUUGCUCGUCUUCGCUCUUCACGGUGACAGGGUGGUGCUCUACCGGAUCGUCUACCUGGUCCUCUUCCUCUGGUUCAUAUUUGUAUAUCAGAUUUCCUAUAAGUUUUGGGUGAAGACAAUGCACGCUUUCUGGCUCCUAGUCGUUAUGUAUUCGAUGGUGCUUCUCAUUCUGAUCUACACGUACCAAUUCGACAACUUCCCAACGUUGUGGGAAGAAUAUCUUCACGUGCCACUUGAAACACAGAAAGACUUCGGACUGGAAUCGUACGGCAGGGACGCCUGGCCGUUGUUUCUCGGCUUGCUUGUGCCAACAUUUCUGCUGGUCGCAUCCAUAUGGCAGCUUAAGUACUUCCACCAGGGAUUCCUGGAGCUCAACGAAGGAAGCCUCAGGGACGGAGCAAAUAGCCGUCGUUCCUCCCCGGCUUCAAUAGAUGAAGCUGACGCCGCACAGAACCAUGCCACGCAAGCCGGUUCAAACAUCACGCGUCAGCAAGAUCCAGGAAGGAUGUCUGAGGAACGGCUAAAGAGGCGCGACGUUGCACCGGAACGUAAUGAUGACUCUGACCAUUUGAACUUUCUAGAAAUCGUCUGGAGGCUCAUGGAGGUUCACUUCAUUAAAGCUACACUAUUCGCCGUAUUUUUGGUGUCUGUGCAAGAUGUGUGCUUUUUACACGCCACGCUAAUCCUGCUCGGCACGGCUGCGGUGCGAUUUCGGUCUUUGCAAUCGUUUCUUCUGCACUGCUGUUCCUUUUGGGCUUCCGUUCUGUUUCUGACCAAGAUGAUUUACCAACUGGAUCUCAUCAAGGAUGGUUGGUUUACCACGUGCCGUGUCCCAUACGAUGUGAUUAACAUCACGGUAAUACCGCCGCCAUUCAACUCAACUUACAACAACUUCAAGUGGAUAGGCAUAGAGAAAGACCCGGACGGCAUUAUGUUCCAGAAUGUCAAGCCCUACGCAUACUUGGUUGGGGUGUUCACCCUGCAAGCCUUCGUGAAGUAUCGGCAAAAGUUCCAUCGACUUCGCAACGGAAUCCCAACUCCAACGACGGACGUCAUAUUCCCUUCCGCUAAUCGUGCCAACGCAGACGAUGGGCUACCAGAAUGCGCAAUGUUCUUGGUCAACUACUUCUUCUACAAGUUCGGCGUAGAGGUUUGUUACGCUGGAAUGGUUGCCUGCAUAGCACUCCGCGUCGACUUUUACGCACUGCUGACAGCCAUUUGGCUAUCGCUUAUGUUCCUUCUGAGGCGGCGUCACCUCAGUCAUAUGUGGCACCUCUACGUGGGGUACCUCAGCAUAUCCCUCCCAUUGCAGUACUUCAUGGCUGUUGGUCUUCCGCCGGGCAUUUGUAUCGAAUACCCUUGGUGGAGCUCGAAGUACAAGAUAUUUCGAGAAAUGGCGCUGUGGCUCUAUCUUCCUGACCACGAGAACCCACCUAGUGCCUCAAGGAUACUAGUGGACUUCUUCCAGCUUCUCUUUGCCUGCUGCCAACUGCGUGUGUUUGCCAUUGAAGACAACAUGAACGAUCUUGAAAGUGGAGGGUCAAACAAAGAAAUCUACGAUAGGCACGGAAACUUCGUUGGACGAUCUCCAAAUCCUGUUCCAGAUUUCGUAUCUUACGCCAGAUCGUCCCUCUCCAUAAUACAAGUGGGCGUAAUCUUCUCCUCCUAUUGGGCUUCUCUGGCUGUGCUGUUCCUGGCUGGUACCAGUCACGUAUCUCUAUUCGCCCUGGGCUAUGUUCUGCAGUGCUUCUAUUACCUAUGGAGCGGUAAUGACUUCUACCUCAAGCCCAUGCGCGACAUCGUAAGACAAUGGAACACACUUCUAGCGUACAACGUACUCGUAAUCUUUAUCAAGUGCGCACUUCAGUUCGGCGGAUGCGUGUUCGUAGGUUUUGUAUCUGAGCGUUUCUGUUGGUUGGUUCAGCUGUUCGGCGUCACCUGCUUUCAAGAUUACAGAGGACACAUGGAUCUAGCUCAAACGGGAAGUGACCAGUGUGCGGUGCCCUCCGUUGCCGAAGCGGGUCUCUUUUGGGACGGCAUCUGUCUGACUUUCCUCCUCCUCCAGAAGCGGCUGUUCAUGUCCUAUUAUUUCCACCAUGUCGUCAUCGAAACCCUUGUUCAGCAGAGCAUAUCGUCGCGUGGUGCCCAAAUGAUUCACGUGAUGCAGCUUCAUAUUGUACGGGAGCAAGAAGCCGUCGAGCGUGAUGUCAUGGCAAAGAUAAAAAGGAAGACAGACCAACUCCGUGACAACCAGCAGAGGGUGCGAGAGUUCGAAGACCUGGAGCCGGAGACGCACUUCCAAGCACUUCGUUCCGGAGACUACUACCUCUUCGAUGAUGACUUUGAGUGUCCCAUCGACGCAGACGUGAAAGAUCCCGGGGAUCCGAGACGGGAAUCUGAUGCACUUAAAACUGACGCCGGGAAGAGCGCUGAACCCGAUUCGGGUCCGAAUGUAACACCGGCUGUGGAGACUGUGCAGCGACGACCGGUCCCAGAGGGUACGACUACGCCUCAGCCCUUGAAUAUCCCAGAAGACCCGACAUCUAGCACGGCCAUAUCCGACGCUGCUUCGGCGCCCUCUGCCGUUCCACCUCCAGUCUCUGUCGAACCUCAAGAACGUAGCCUUGGCGACCGGCUGAAAGAGUUGCUGUCAAAUGUAGUAGCCUACUUCGACAUGUUUCUCAUGGCCGCGACCAGGAAGCUCAACGCGGGAUCUUCGCGGUACCGCUACGUGGCGGACUGUUUGGCCGAGGAAAUGCGCAGGGCAAAGGCCCGUUACCAGGACGGUUUGGCGCAUGUUCGCGUUCAUGAGGAUAUGGCCAGCGAGCCACUUAUGAGGUCCUCGGAGGUCUCCAGCCCGCCAUCCACAUCAGCGCCACAGCGUGAGAAGAAACAUGUCUUGUCACACCUAGAGACCACCUAUAAGCGCGUGCGUUCUCGAAUUCGCCGCUUCAAGGCGCAAAACAUAGACGCUCUGCUUCCUGGCCGGCAUUCCACCAUCUUUCUUUUUCUGACUGCCUGCUAUUACACCGUCGUAUCGAACUCGGACAUCGUCUGCUACCUGGCCAUUGUCCUCAACCAGAUAAUGUCUGCCAGCCUGCUGUCCUUGCCGUUGCCCCUGAUGGCGUUCCUUUGGGGUACGCUCUCGGUGCCCAGGCCGACAAAGACCUUCUGGAUUACCAUCGUAACGUACACCGAAGCUGUCGUCGUUGCGAAGUACUUUUUCCAGUUUGACUUCUUCGACUGGAGCGACUCCUCGGCGAUGACGAGGCCGUUCGAUGCGCCAAAGACCAUAGGAAUCGAGAAGCGGAAGGGUUACUCGGACUACGCGCUCUACGACUUGAUGCUCUUGCUGGUGGUGUUCUUCCACCGAUUCACGCUGAAACGCAUGGGGAUUUGGAAGGACACAGAGCUGCCGGAGCGAGAUGAUCUACACUACGAAAAGAUUGCACCUGCGAUAAUCGUGGAUGACAGGCCAGAUGCGCCGGAGCCUUCUCACCUAUGGAAUGGCGUUGACCAGCAACGACAAAGAUAUAGCGCGCAGGACAAUAUUAUGACCCUGAGGUUGGAAAGGAUCGGCCGAUACUUGAGUCCGUUUAAGAUGUUCUUCCACGACGUUCUUCACCCUGUGUACCGUGUGAAGACUGAUAUGUACGUCUACAUGUUCCUCUGCGACUUCGUCAACUAUUUCAUCAUCGUCUUUGGUUACUGGGCCUUUGGUACGGGAACACCAGGUGCCAACGUAAUAUCGUACAUAAGUAUGAACAAACUUCCACGCGCGUUCGUCAUAAUGCUGCUGGCGCAAUUUGGUCUCAUCUUCAUCGACCGCGCCCUCUACCUGCGCAAGCACAUUCUCGGCAAGCUCGUCUUCCAGAUCAUCUUGGUUAUCGUCAUUCACAUCUGGAUGUUCUUCGUCUUGCCCGCUAUGACGGAGAGACGUUUCGUGGACACGGACAACUUUCCGCCAAAACUUUGGUACUUCAUCAAAUGCGUGUACCUCAUUCUCUCCGCGUACCAGAUACGCUCGGGGUACCCCAACCGUACUCUAGGCAAUUGCUUCUGCAAAAGAUACAGCUACAUCAACUACAUUCUCUUCAAAGGGUACAUGCUUGUCCCGUUCCUGUAUGAAGUGCGCGCCGUGAUGGACUGGAUUUGGACUAACACCACUCUAUCCGUCUUCCACUGGUUGAAGAUAGAAGACAUUUUCUGCAACGUCUUCUUUCUUAAAUGUUUGCGCACCAACGAAGAGGCAAAUCCCGUUCCACGCGGUCAGCAGCAAGGUUCCCUCGUCAAAUAUGGAGUCGGUGGAUUGAUACUGUUCUUUCUCAUUGCGACCAUCUGGUUCCCUCUCCUAUUCUUCUCGUUCGGCAGGGCGGUAGGCGUCGCUCUCCUGCCGUCUCACAGUUCGCUGGAGUUCGACAUUGCGGGUUACCAACCUCUAUUCAAGAGCGACAUUGAAAAAAAUUCUAUACGACCAGUCACAACCGGCAGCUGGGUUCGACUUCAGGCUGAACACAGAGGGAAAUCACCGGCACAAUAUUUCCUCUCAAACUUCCAUGCGGAGGACGUAGCUGUCGUCACAAUAGCCAAGAACUCGACAACCACUUGGUCCAUCAGCCCACCGAGUCGAAGCGCGCUCACCAGCCUUCUUAACGAGUCUGAUUCCCGUAUCCCCUUCAGCGUGAAGUUCUCCAUUACUCGAGACAUCCAGAGCUUGAGGAAGUCCGAUCGAAUCUUCUCCAGUGAGCAGAUGGUCUUCCUUGAGGACGUGCAACUUAAACACAACAUGUCCCUCGUGCUUUCCGGCCAAGCGGAGAACGUCACGAUACCUGGAAUCUUUCCCAAGUACUUCCGUGCUUCCGUUCGCGGCAACCUGGAAAUAGUGCGCGUCCUGAACCCGUACGAUGAAGCACUGCGAAAUUUGACGCUGCGUCUUCAUUCUGGUCAGGGACACGAAGAGUGGUGGGAAGUCCAGGAGCGCUGCCCCGGCCAGUUCCCGUACGCGUUUAUGCUGGAUGAAUUCGUCUCUUGUUCGCACUUCCACAUCAUCGUGUUCUGCGAGAAGGUUAUCCCUGAGGCCCUUUCGGUUCUGUGGACGUCUGGCAUCAUUGGACUGUACACGACGUUUGUGCUUGUCUUGGCUCGGCUCAUGCGCAGUAUGUGGGCCGAAUCGGCACACGAAAUCAUGUUCAGGGAGAUGCCAAACGUGGACCACAUCUUGCAGCUUUGCCUGGACAUCUACCUGGUUCGAGAGUGUGGGGAGUUCGCGCUGGAAGAAGACCUCUUCGCCAAGCUCAUGUUCCUGUACCGGUCACCCGAAACGAUCAUCCGUUGGACGCGCCUGCGACAUCCCCAAUCGCAAAGGGAAGUGUUAUCCCACUAGGGCUAUUGCCCGAUAAUCAAAUACAUCAAAUGAUAUCAAAUGUAUAUAUUCGCAUGGACAUAUAUCUUGAAUGAAUUGAAUAAAUUCAACUUCAGUGCUCGGCCGUUGAUCAAACGCG